ACACACACCAAUAGCUGUGAUCCCAGGACAGGCAGUGAUUAUUCAGGGAGGGACUUCCUCCAGGUCCGCCGUGACUCGGUGACACGUAACUAAAGACAUAGGUGUCCUGCAAAGCUCAUAGAUCUGAUUAUAUAUCUUGUGUAUUUCACAUCAGUAGACAGGUUUACACAAAGACGAGCUUCGAGGAGCUUUAAAAAGCAGAAAAACCUUUUUUCUAACUUUUUUUUGCAACUUGGCUUCUUUUGUUGUUCUCAGGACACAAGUAAACAGAGCUGUAUGGGAAAGUUUUGCUCCAUCCAGGGAAUGGAGGUUCCCCACCCGAGGAUCUGCUUCCAUCUGACCUGGGAAGUCCUUGUGUAAACUCUUCAUGCUUUCUGGAAUGUAAAGCACAUAGGAGGACAAGUUGGUUUUGUUUGGAGAAUUUUUUUUUACAUUGUAUAUGAUCACUGUGGAGAACAUGGGCAGUGGGGUUUGCUCCAGAAAGCAAAGGAAAAUCUUCCAGUCGUUGCUGCUCACCACUGUGGUGUUUGUGCUCAUUUAUGGAGGAAUGAUCUGGUAUGAAAUGCACCAGCAGCUGAAGGGAACAGAAGCUCUGGCUCUGAAAUACCAGCAGCACCAGGAGUCUCUUUCAGCCCAGCUACAAGUGGUGUAUGAGCAUCGGUCGAGGCUGGAGAAAUCACUACAGAAAGAACGGCAAGAUCAUAAGAAGUCUAAGGAAGAUUAUCUGGUUUAUAAACUGGAGGCGCAGCAAUCACUGAAUAAGGAGAAGCAAGAUGCCAACAGCAGGUUUAACUCUCUACAUUCACAGCACCAGAUGCUGAAGAAUCAGCAUGAGGAGCUGAAGAAGCAGUUCUAUGAGCUGCAGGAGCAGCAUCAUGCUCAGGGCGAAGACCACAAUAAGGUCCUGGAUGAACACCAGCAGAGAUACGAGCGAUUACAGCAGAAUAAAGAGAUGGAGAUUUCGAAACUCAAAGAAAGUGUUUAUAACCUGCGGGAGGAGAGCCGGCAGCUGAGGAAGGCUCAUCAGGAGAUACAUGUCCAGCUUCAGGAUACAAGGCAACAACACAAGGACUUAAAAGCAGCCCAUGAUCAUCUUGCAUUGUCCCUGGAGAACCACAAGAGUGCGCUAGCUGUGGCUCAGGUCCAGGUGGAUGAGUAUAAGCAGCUAAAGGAGACUCUGAAUAAAAUGCCGAAUCUAAAGCAUCCUGAAGAACUUCAUCCUGCUGCGGCUCAGAGCAGACAAUCAGAGGUGCACCAAAAUUCGGAACAGGGGCAGAAACAAGAAGAGAGAAGUGUGGACGGAGCACAGAAAGAAGAGAAUAGGCAUGAAGGCAUGCCUCAUUCAACAGAACAGCAUGAUCAGCUUCAUCAUGAGGAAGAAGAGAAAGAACCAGAACAAAACCUUCCUGAUGAAAAUGCGUUAGAGAGGGAGAGUCACAUUGAACAGCCGGUGAUUGCAAGUCAGGGAAACCACAUCAAAUCUGCCUACGAGCAGCAACAGGAAAAGCAGCGGCGUUUAGCCGCUCAGUUGGAGGAGGAACAGCGGCAGCUCCUUCAGAGACAGGAAGAACUGCAGAGAGAGCGGCUGGAAAGAGAGAGAGAGGGGAAAGAACGGCUGGAGAGAGAGAGGGAAGAGAAAGAGCGGCUCGAUCGGGAGAGAGAGGCAAGAGAGCGGGUGGAAAGAGAGAAGGAGGAGAGACAGCAACGUGAAGAGCAGCAGCAAAGAGAACUCCGUGAACAGCACCUCCAAGAGGAACAGCUCAGAAAGAAAUCACUGUAUGAAAACAUGGAACCUGGUGGUGUCCACCAAGUAGAAGAGAUUAAUGUCCACCAUGAGGACCGACAUCAACAAGAGGGGGACAAGCACAUGCGUAAUGAGGAGAACGUGGAGGCGGACAUCGAUCCAGCGGACGAUCCGAACAAUCAGGGGGAGGAUGAGUUUGAGGAAGCUGAGCAGCAGGUCCAUGAGGAAGAGGAGGAAGAAGAGCCACCUGGACACCCUGAUACACACUUAAUUAAAGAGAAUCAGCACCACGCUCCAGCUGAUGAACAUCUGGUGAUGGCAGGAAACCCAGACCAGCAGGAAGACAAUUUGGAAGAGCAAUAUCAGGAAGAGGGAGAAGAUGAGGCUCAGGAAGAUUUGGCUGUGGAGAAGAAAAUGGAAGAGAGAGGAGAAGAAGAGGCAGAUCCUUACAACGAAGAGAACGGAGAGCAGGAUGACGCCAGAGAGCAGGAGGACGCAGGCCCUGAGAAGCAGCCUGCCAAAGAACCUAAUGAAGAGGAGAACUAUGAAGAGGAAGAGGAGGAGCCAGAGGAAGAAGCCAAUCACAGGGCAGAGAUGUGAGCCUUUUCAUUUGUGCACUGGUGUUACUGUAGAAAGAUUAAACUGUGUAAAGCAGUAAUUCCACUGGGAUGAUCACCUUCUUCUGGCACCCUCGAGCUGGAUGUACUAGACUGAUCAAAAUCUGCUGAUCUGGAUAAAUCUCUUUCUGUUCACUGUGCCUUUUAUUUUGCCGGUUUGUAAAUGGAGCACUGUUUAAUAAGAAACCCGAUCGUUCCGCUUUUAUGCAAGAAACGGUUUUAGAUCAACGCUGUAGACAGAAUGUUUAUGAUCAGAGUGCCAUUUUUUAAAUCUUUGAAAAUAUUCAAUUUGUACCGUAUAUAUGUAACUUGUUUUGUCUUUUUUUUAAAGCUUGUUAUGAGGAUGGAUGUAUUUGAAAACGGAUAGUGCUUUAUAAGAAUACUGUUAGUCACUACAUGAAUGUUUCUUGUUUGUUCCCAGAUGGAUUUUGCUAAUGAGUAUAUUUGUAUUGUAUCUUUAUAUAAGUGUUGAAUUCUAUUUUAGGAAAUGAAUACAGCAUAUUUGAAAUGUGGCUAUAUUUAAAUGUCAUAUUUUUGUUGCUUUUCUUUUGUUUAUAUUUCAUCUUCGUACUGAACAUUCAACUUCAUAUUAUGGCAAUGAUGCUGUUCAUAAAAACUCAGGCUUAUCCCAAAUAACUCUUUUCACAGGAAGCAUCGCAAAAUUAUCACAUAUAAUCAAGAAUUUACUGCAGUGAUACUUUUGAGAUCCCGUAGCAAGAAUUUUUCGUUAUAUUCACAUUUAUGGCAUUUGACUGACGCCCUCAAUGAGUACAUUCUGAUGCUGGUUCAUUAGGACACAGACUAUAAAUACCACCAGUCUAAAACUCUUUAAUAACCAAUUGGUGGAAAUAAGCAAUUUGCGACCCCCAAAAAACUUAGUGAUUACUGAUAUUCAGCAUCCCAAGUUGCAUUUGAAUAUCAGUUUAUAUGAAAGACAUUAAUGCACCUGUUUUAGCAGGUUUUAUCAAGUAUUUUAUAAUAACUCUGGGCCUGAGUUUUUUUAAUAAGUGAUCUCUUUAUUCCUAGUCUCACAAUUUAAGGUGAUAAUGAAUAUAUGUACUGAGAA